CGAAACGACCACACUUAAUGUCUCGCGCCGCAGCAGAUGCAGCGGAAACAUCCGAAGUUCUGUUCGAGAUGUCGAACUUGUUGAAUACCGGCCUCGACAAACCCACGUUGAACAUCCUGAUCGAACUCUGUGAGAAUGGUGUUAACCCUGAAGCGCUGGCCCACGUUGUGAGGGAGCUUCGAAGAGAAUCUGCUGCCCUGAAGGAGGCCGAGAGGGAAGCUCAAUCUGUGUCAAGCAUGGGAUUGAAACUAUGAGCCCCGCUGGGGGGUUCCAUACUGCUGUAACAAGUUUGCAAGUCUAAGACAGUUGUUGGUUGUGUUGCUUUUUACUUGAAAAUGUACUUUCCUGCGG